GCCUGCGCUGACGGGUCGCUCUGGGGUACGGCGACCCCGAGGGGCGGGGCUGGCCUCCGCGCUUGCGCCGAGCUGCAGCGUCUGAGCGGAGCCGGCCGUCUCCUCUCGCGUCCUCGGCCCGCCAUGGCUCCCAAGGGUGGCCUCAAGCAGCAGUCGGAGGAGGACCUGCUCCUCCAGGACUUCAGCCGCAACCUCUCGGCCAAGUCGUCGGCGCUCUUUUUCGGGAAUGCCUUCAUUGUGUCGGCCAUCCCCAUCUGGCUCUACUGGCGAAUAUGGCACAUGGACCUCGUGCAGUCUGCGGUCCUCUACAGCGUCAUGACCCUGGUCAGCACUUACCUGGUAGCUUUCGCAUACAAGAACGUCAAGUUUGUCCUUAAACACAAGGUGGCCCAGAAGAGAGAGGAUGCUGUCUCCAAAGAAGUGACUCGGAAACUUUCUGAGGCUGACAACAGGAAGAUGUCUCGGAAGGAGAAAGACGAAAGAAUCCUGUGGAAGAAGAAUGAAGUGGCUGACUAUGAAGCUACCACCUUCUCCAUCUUCUACAAUAACACCCUUUUCCUGGUCUUGGUCAUUGUCGCUUCUUUCUUUAUUCUGAAGAACUUCAAUCCGACAGUGAACUAUAUCUUAUCCAUAAGUGCCUCGUCAGGCCUGAUUGCUCUGCUGUCCACUGGCUCCAAGUAAAUGAAGAGGAAGACUUUUCUUUGUAGGGGUGGGCUGUGGGAGGCAGAAGGGGAGGGACACACAGGGACUGGUUUUUAUAGUCAAAUUUAACAGGUUUUGGGUGUGUUUUUUUAAACUAAGAAAAUGUAAAAUAACCUUUGUUUUUUUGGGCUCCUUUUGACAGAUUGUUAAAAUAAAUAAAUUGACCAGAAAA